UUUCGUUUGUUUUGGUUUCUUUCUUUCAUUUUCAUUUUGGAUUCUGCGCGAAGAUGAGUGCAGUAUUUAUUGCAUUUUCAGCGAAUUUUCAGUUUAAACGUUAGAUAUUGCCACAUUUCCAUCCGUAGUUUCCUCUGUUUAUGUUUUUGGGAUUACGGCAUGUCAUAACAUGAUAUAAGAGGUUUCAUUUGUGAAACAAUUCACAAAGUAAUAAUGCACUGCAAUAUAAUUUUCCCUUUUUGGAAUUAAAGUGAGUAUAGGUAAGCUAUAAAUCCUAUAAUUAAUCAGUUUAUGAAGAAAUUUCAUUAAUUUGUAUUGAAAUUAUUAAAUUGAUUAACUAUAUCAUUGAAGAAUUUCUUUCGGAACUUUAGAUGUAUUAUGCCAAAUUUAUCAAGUUUCUCACACCAGAUGGAAGCAAACAAUCAGCAAAAAUGGCUGCAAGAAAGCUUAUGAAGUAUUUGUCUGGAAAGGAAAUGAGAGAUUGGCUCACAAGCACACAUUUUUGGGGACCUUUUGCAACUUGGUCAAUUCCUAUAGCUGCUAUUGCAGAUACACAAAAAGAUGCUAGUUUGAUCAGUGGGAAAAUGACUUUUGCUUUGUUGAUGUAUUCUUCUAUUUUCAUGAGAUUCGCGUGGAAAGUGAAUCCACGUAACUUACUUCUAUUAUCUUGUCACUUUACUAACACGUGUGCCCAACUAACUCAAGGAACAAGAUUUUUGAAAAAUAAGUACAGCAAAACAGAUGUGUAGAAAAAAAAAUUACCGAAAUUUUUAAAAGUGGUAAAAAUUCAUACUCUAGUCUUGAAUACUCACUGGUCAUACUUGUUUAUUAUAAAUGAACAAUUCCUUUUAAUAAUGUUGUAUAGAAUAUUUUAAUUUACUAUAAAUGUAUGAAAUCUAGUCAUCUGCACUUGUAUUAAAAUAUAAUACAGAUUUUGCUCUUU